GGCUCGGCUCUCCGCUCUUCCAGUUUAGGGAUUUUUGCUUAUUUACCCACCUUUUUUUUGGAAGAAUCCGCUUUUUAUUCUACAGGAACCGAACCAGCGAGCAGCAGCAGCUUUGGGGAUAUAUUUUAUAUAUAUAUUUUAAGCUGUUUUAAGGAGCAGAGGAGUGGGCGGAAGGAGCAGAUGAUGUCCGGAUUAUUGUUUACUUGAGCGACCUCGGGUUAUUUAUGUUUUUGGGUUGUUUAUGGAGGAAAACGAGACGCAUUUGAGGACACUCUGUAAAAAUAGAGGAAGCGACGGGUUGCAGCCACCGAGGGACUGACCCGAUUCGCCGCCUCCAGACCCGCGCCGGGUGGGGUGGGGUGGGGGGUGGAGGCCUCCCAGCCGCUCUGCUUUCGUAACGCGGGACGUGGAUGAGACGCGUCCUCCACCCUAAAGUGAAACCGAUGCGACCUCCUCCAGAGGAUGGGCUGCGUCAAAUCCAAGAGGAGCGAAAACGCAAACUCCUCGGAGCGGGCCGAGGGGGCGGCCUACUUGGUCCACGCGGGGGAGACGGGCUCGCCGCCGCAGAGCGACCUCGAGGUCAACCCGGUGCUGCUGGACUACGCCCACAAGCUCUCCGAGGACAUCGUGGCCCAGGCCGUGCAGCAGUGGGCCGAGCUGGACCGCCGCUACUGCGACAUCCCGUACAUCGAAUGUGACGAUUGAAACGAGGUCUGGAAAAACACCUCCAGUGAUCUCAGCUGCUGCGAGCGGGAAUACCAACGAGAGGUCGGUAAUUUCCGUUUGACCUACUUCUGGAUUAAAGUGGGAUUGAACCCAAAAGCCCUCCUCCCACCGCGCUCCUGAUCCCGCUCACAUUCCUGUGAUUAUCCGUCUGGUGUCUUCAGCUGGGUUUCCCAUCUGUGUCCAGACCUUAUUCGUCCCCUCGCUCUCGGCUAUCCCAGUGGGAGUCCAUCCCGGUCCUCUUCCUCCCAGAUCCCUCACACACCGAUCCGCCCGGCUCCCGCCGCUCUCCUGACUCCCUGGAGGUCACGGGGCCGAGCUGCUCUCCAUGAGUCCGCAAAGGUGAAUCCAGGAAGUCGUGUGCAUCCAUGACGUGUUUCCUACGCAGGAUUCUGUGGACUUCUUACAUCACCGGGGGCCUGCUGGCCUCAAAGAAACCGGAAGAAAAGAGAUGACCGACGCACUUUUCAAAGAGCGUUCGGCUUGUCGGCAGAAUUGAAGUUUAAAACGACAACAACAAAAAACGUGUUUAUUUUGGGGGGGUUGUAAAAACGUUGUUGGCCCUUGUUUUGCGUUAUUGCGCAACGCCUCACUGAGAAACACCGCCAUGUGCCCGAUAUCAGGGCGUGAGCACAAAUAUGCAAACUUCAAAACAAAACAAAAAAACACCAGGUGUCAAUCCGAUCUAUAGACGUAGAACUUCUUUAAAAAAGGGUGGAGUCGAGGAAUGUUUUGUUGAUUUUAUAAUCAGGAACCCGACACGGGCCUCUGGUCCCGAGCUGCAGAUGCUCCAUGAUGAUGUCAUUUGGGAUUUACCCAAAAUUGAACUAAAAAAGCUUUUUAAUGACGACCCUGAAACCGCCGUGAUAGUAGUUAUUACCGUAAUAAUCAUAAUAAGAAGUAAGAAGAUCAUAAACCACCAGUGGGGAGUCUCCUUGUCUCCUCUUGCCUUCUCCUCAGGUCUUCUUCUCUCUCACACUGUUCACCAACAGCCACACACACACACACACACACACACACCAUACAGUUGAUUUCCAUCCCAUAAUUGGUGCUCCGUCACUUUUUUCUCUCACUCUAAUAAACGUGCACUAAUCAGUGUGGACAGAUUAAUCUGUUGGUGGGGGGGGGGGGGGGGGGCACACUAAAGAUUAAAAGAUGGCGGCGACAUAUCCCCCCCCCCCCCCCGAUUCCUAAUCUGACUGCAUUUAUUUUGCUUCAGAUAAAAAACAAAAAAAGACAAAGUAUAAUCUGUAACCUGUGGAGCAGAACAAGAAAAGGUAGAACUCACUUUCUCUUUUACGGGUUUUCAUGCCGGAAGGGAAAUGAUAAUAAUUAUUUUAUUUCACAUGUUGAUUUAACAAAGCAACAAAUCGGGGGUGAAAUUCUGUUUGACGCCGUAGCCUACGUCAACGAUGUCGAGACGCGACUGAGAACUUUGAACGUCACAGCGGAGGAAAAAAAGGUCUGGGAUCCGGUCUGGGAUCAGGUCUCGAUCAGGUCUGGGAUCAGGUCUCGAUCCGGUCUGGGAUCAGGUCUCGAUCAGGUCUGGGAUCAGAUCUCGAUCAGGUCUGGGAUCAGGUCUCGAUCCGGUCUGGGAUCAGGUCUGGGAUCAGAUCUCGAUCAGGUCUGGGAUCAGGUCUCGAUCCGGUCUGGGAUCAGGUCUGGGAUCAGGUCUGGGAUCCGGUCUGGGAUCAGGUCUGGGAUCAGGUCUCGAUCCGGUCUCGAUCAGGUCUGGGAUCAGGUCUCGAUCCGGUCUGGGAUCAGGUCUGGGAUCAGAUCUCGAUCAGGUCUGGGAUCAGGUCUCGAUCCGGUCUGGGAUCCGAUCUGGGAUCCGGUCUGGGAUCAGGUCUGGGAUCAGGUCUCGAGCCGGUCUGGGAUCCGGUCUGGGAUCAGGUCUGGGAUCCGGUCUCGAUCCGGUCUGGGAUCAGGUCUGGGAUCAGGUCUCGGUCCGGUCUGGGAUCAGGUCUGGGAUCAGGUCUCGAUCCCUUUCCGUCCUCUCCUGCCGUGGAGAGCUCUGCUCCACAAAGAGUUAAACUGAUCCAGCGUGCUCGUCUUCAUCCUUCAUCUGGAGGCGGCCAUCGCCUUUCGUCAACAGUCACUUAGAGUUUAAAGGUCCAACGAGUUUCAAACAAAGAGGCGGCGGCCUCACGGCGGACGUCUGACCCGAAAACAUCUCAUAAAGGCUUAUCGGCUCACACUCCGACUCCACCAGAGCUGCCACGAGUCACUCACCAUCGGUCAAAUGAAUCCUUGAUUCAUCUUUUUAAAAUGUUAAUAGUAAAGAACGCUUGUUUCCCAGCGGCCAGAGACCUCCCGACAUCGAACAUGUUCAGUUUACUGUCAUACGUGUGUCAUGCGUGUAGCUUCAUGGAUAUAAUCAAACAUAAUAUUCAAUUAUCAUUGAAUUAAAGUGACUUUUUGCAUAUAUCCUACGACCUGUACAUGUGUGUGUUAAAACUAAUGCCAAUAAAUCAGAUUUACGCCUU